AUGUCGACGCAGCUUUUCGAGCCUCUGCGCGUCGGCAACCUGACCCUAAACCACCGGGUGGUCAUGGCGCCCCUGACUCGACUACGCGCCGACGAACACCACGUCCCCCUCCCCAUGUCCACCAACUACUAUGCCCAGCGCGCCUCCGUCCCCGGGACGCUGAUCAUCGCCGAAGCCACUCUCAUCUCCGCCGCCGCAGGAGGCGUGCCCCACGCGCCGGGCCUUUUCACAGACGCCCAGAUCCAAGCGUGGAAGAAGAUCACCGACGCCGUGCACGCCAAGGGGAGCUAUAUCUACUGCCAACUGAUAGCGCUGGGGCGCGCAGCCGACCCGUCGACUCUGAGAAAGGAAGGGGGGUUCGAAGUCUCCGCGCCGAGUGCCAUCGCCAUGCAAGAUGGGGCGACGGUUCCGCAGGCGCUCAGCGAGGAAGAGAUCCGGGGAUUCAUUCGGGACUUUGCAGCCGCGGGUAGGAAUGCCAUUUUGGCGGGAUUCGACGGCGUCGAGGUCCACGGCGCCAAUGGAUACCUGGUGGACCAGUUCCUGCAGGAUGUCAGCAAUCAGCGGACGGACCAGUGGGGCGGGAGUAUUGAGAACCGGGCACGGUUCGGGGUUGAGGUUGCGAAAGCGCUCGUGGAGGCUGUGGGUGCGGACCGCGUGGGGUUUCGGAUCAGUCCCUGGAAUACCUGGCAGGGCAUGAAGAUGGCGGAUCCGGCGCCGCAGUUCUCGUACCUGGUGCGGCGGCUGAAGGAGCUGGGACUGGCGUAUCUGCAUGCGAUUGAGUCGCGGGUUAUCAAUAAUGUGGAUUGUGAGAAGCGGGAGGACUUGCAGCCUUUCCUGGAGAUCUGGGGUCGUGCGACCCCGGUGCUGCUCGCUGGGGGUUAUACACCCGACAAUGUGCGCCAGGCCGUGGAGGAGGAGUAUCAGGGUUAUAAUGUGGCUGUCGUCUUUGGGAGGCAUUUCUUGGCUAAUCCGGACUUGCCGUUUCGCUUGCAGCAUGGCAUUCCCCUGCAGAAGUAUGAUCGGGAUACGUUUUAUACGCCCAUGCAGUGUCAUGGCUACGCGGACUAUCCUUUUAGUUCGGAGUUUCGGACACGUGUGAAGAAUUAG